GAAAAACGCACAGCAAAAGGCUGAAUCAACUCGCAAAAAAAGGAUCAUAUUCAUUUGACUCAUAAAUUGGGGGAAAAAAUCAUGCAUUGUGCUGUAGCAGCAGUAAGCUCUCCGAUUUUCACGCCUUCGCCGAGAAAGAUGUCGCCGGUUUUCUGCAAGGCUGCCACCGCGCCGCCGCCGCCGCUGUCCUCUGCGUCGUCGUUUUUUCUCAAGCAAAUCGCGCAGCCAUUGGAUGGAGAGGAGGAAGGAGCAGCGGCGACGAAGGCGCCGCAGGUGUUGAAGCGGAAAAGGCCGGGGAGGAUUGAUAUUCCCGUGAUUAGCUUGAAAAUUGAGGAGGCUAAAACGACGUCGGAUUCGGAUAGGUCGAGCGAGGUCGUGUUUGAAGGGGAGGCGUACUCGGUUUACUCCAAAAGAGGGAAAAGAGGUGGCGAUUUGGAGGAUCGAUAUGCAGCUGUUGUGGACAUUCAUGGCGAUUCUAAACAGGCAUUUUUUGGUGUUUUUGAUGGUCAUGGAGGAGCUGGAGCUGCAGAGUUUGCUUCAACUCGUUUGGAGAAGAACAUAAUGAAGGAAGUGGAGAAGAGAGGCGACGAGAUGGAGGAGGCUGUGAAGGAGGGGUAUCUAGCCACGGAUUCUGAGUUUUUGAAGAAAGAUAUCCGUGGAGGGACGUGCUGCGUGACAGCAUUGGUUCGUAAAGGAGACCUUGUGGUCUCCAACGCGGGAGACUGUCGUGCUGUGAUGAGCCGUGGAGGCGUUGCUGAAGCCCUUACAGUUGAUCACCGCCCUUCGUUGGUUGAAGAAAGGGAGAGGAUCGAGAGUCUGGGUGGCUAUGUGGACUGUUGCCACGGCGUUUGGAGAGUGCACGGAUCUCUCGCUGUGUCAAGAGCAAUCGGAGACAGCCAUCUCAAGGAAUGGGUUGUGGCCGAGCCGGAAACUAAGAUUUUCAAGAUUAGACCAGACUGCGAGUUCUUGAUCCUGGCCUCGGAUGGCCUGUGGGAUAAUGUUAGCAAUCAGGAGGCGGUGGACAUCGUCCGUGAUCUAUGCGUGGGCGUGGACAAGCCAGAAACGCUCGCGGCUUGCAAGAAACUCGCGGAUUUGUCACUGGCCAGAGGAUCUCUCGAUGACAUUAGCAUUAUGGUUGUUCAAUUAACUCAGUUCAUUCAGUGAGGAUUAAUCCUGAUGUAAUUUGUACAUUUUAAUUACUACAAUUUUUUGACUGAUUAUCAGUAUGAGUUUCCAAAUGAACAGUCAUUUGGGAAGACAGACCUGUGAUUUGGUUUAUUUUA